AUGCAGGUGCAGUGCGAGCCGCACCGCAUGGUGGUGACCGUCCCCAGGGACCUCUUUGGGGUGGGGAAGCUGGUGGACCCCACGGAGCUGGCCUUGGGGGCUGCUGCCUGCCCCCCCGUGUCCCCGGAUACCAGGGCAGGCGUGGUGGUCUUUGAGGCAGGCCUCCAUGAGUGCGGCAGCGUGGUGCAGAUGACCCCCGACUUGCUGAUCUAUCAAACCAACCUCUUCUACAGGCCUUUGGUUGCCAACCACCCGGUUAUCGUCCGAAGCCACGGGGCCACCAUACGCCUUGAAUGCCGCUAUCCCAGGAGGGACAACGUGACGAGCAAACCUGUCCAACCAACCUGGCUCCCCUUUGGGUCUACGGCGCUGCAGGAGGCAAAGCUGGGGUUCUCCUUGCGGCUGAUGAACGGUGAGGAAGCCUGAAGCUGCUGGGCUGGGGUGAGGGGCAGAGAGCUCUGUCCAGCCGAGCGGACGGGCAGGAGGCGGCGAGAAGCCCCAUGCCCGCCAGGCUGCUGGUCCUCUGGGUGGAGUCGGGCUCCGAAGGUGGGCCUGGCUGUGAAUCCUGCCUCCUCCUCUUCCUCCUCCCGCAGAACGGGUUCCCCCACCUCAGCCGCAGGGUCCCUUUCCCCAGGCUCCUUCUUCCAGCAGGGGCCGAGGGUGGGGGAGCCCCCCUGCCCAUCUUGCACGU